AUGAAAGUCACAGAAAAUAUGGCUGCUACGUUACCUGAUGGUGAUUUUGCCAAUGAGGAUGUACUAGUAAACCAGAAAGGAAAAAAAUCGUCCACUUCGAAGGCGUCAAGAAGCAGUAAAUUCAAGGUAAUAUACAGCAUAUCGUUGGUUUAAAGUUUUUAUUGCAUCAUUACAAUAUUCAUCUUCGAGUCACAGCUAAACUCGUUAUCUAGUGAGUCUGAUCCGUCUGAACUGCUUGUUUCACUGUUAUAGGAAACCAAACCCAUCCCAGAAGGAUCUAAAUCAAAUUUUUCAGCAUCAGCUUUAGAGAAGUCGAGCAAUACAGCUGGCAGUGAAAGAAGCUUUCUCUUGCUGGAUGAAAAGGAAAAUCUGCAGGUAUUGACGUUUACAUGAAUUUUAUUUAGAUUUACUUAGGUGUGAAUGGGCAGGGAAAACUUAGUCGCAUAAUAGAAGUAGAAAAAAAUCUCCUUUCAAAUGUAUAUAUGUUAAAACGACUUACACUCGCGUAGCUUUUCUGGGAACAGUUUGCUGUACUUUCAACGCCCACGGAAAGAUAAGCUAAAAUUAGAUUAUUCGUACGUGUUUUUGAUGGGAGGUUAGGAGAAGUCAUCAUGCCUUAAAAGGUUGAGUACAAAAGUCGUGAUCGAGUACUCUUUUGAGACCAGUUUUAACUUGCUGUCUUGGAGAUGUGCCUUUCUAAAUUAAAAGAACCAUGUUAGAGUUUUAUAAUAAUUAGCAAAUUAAAUAUUAAAUGAGACUAAGUAUGAUCUGGAUUAUGCAAAUCUGGGAAGGUGUUAUCUGUUGAUCUGCUUCGGAUCUUAACAUCAUACAAAAGCCAAAUCUAAGAAAUACAAGUAAUAUUAGAAAUAAUGUUAUCUAGUGUUUUAUUAUUUACUUUAAAUAAUUAUUACUUUAAAAACAUGCUUACUUUGUUCAAUGUUGAGUUCCCAUCCUCAUUUGCCUCUUACUCAGCAAAUUUAGGAUAUGAAGAGAUGUUUUAGUAGUCUAGCACUCACUUACAUGUACAAAUAGCAGUUGUCAUACACCAAGCUGUAUUUUUGUUGUUGUAAAAUGAGCAAAAUUUUCUGCCAUUUUCUCCAGCUCUACCAAAACAGCUGAGCCAACACAAUCUCUCUCCCAGGACUUCUUGGUUGCCCUUACUACCUUUUUCUGGCAAUUGCCUGCACUAUUGACGCCAUCUUACUGAAUAUUGCAAAUAACUUCAAAAUUUUGUCAAUGUUUGCUCUGCAGAAUUCAAAAGAACUUUUACCUUAAAAAUAAGGUAUUGAGGACCAGAUUGUUUUGAGUACAAUUUUAAUUAGGAAUAGCUUAAUUUGUUUUGCCACCAUUUUGAAAUAGGGUUAUGCACUCCCCUAGCUAUGAUAUAUCUCUUUCCCCUCCUACCUGCCCUUAGAAGAAGCAAACUAAUGUUUUCCCAAUAUUGCAUGUAUGUUAUCAUUGAGGCCCUUUCGGGGAAAAAAUUCAGACAAGCCAAAUGCCCUUGAAACAGUAACAUAAGGUAGAUGAAAUGACGAGAAACAACAUGAAGAUGGUUUGAAACUUUGACAGCAACGAGGAAAAUCGUAAUCAUAAUAGCAAAAUGUCAACAGUGACAUGGUCUCCUUUUCAGUAUGUGAAAGGACCCCUCUGAUCAACCAGGUACACUGUAUAUUGAUGUCUUGUAGGUGCAUACUGUGGAUGAGUUCAUAUCAAAGCUUUCAUGUCAUGGAGAAACAAACAUGAAAGUGGUUUCCAUAUUUGGAAACACUGGAGAUGGAAAAUCACACACACUCAACCACACCUUCUUCAACAGUGAAGAAGUCUUUGCGACCUCGUCGUCACAGCUUUCGUGCACAGUUGGUGUUUGGGCUGCUUAUGAUAAUGUCAAUCAUGCCAUCAUCUUAGAUACAGAGGGACUUUUGGGUGUGUCUGCCUCUGGGAACCAAAAUCAGCGAACAAGACUCUUGCUAAAAGUUCUGGCAAUAUCAGACAUUAUCAUCUACAGAACAAGAGCUGAGCGUCUUCAUACAGAUAUGUUUACUUUCCUCGGCGAUGCAUCGGAUGCAUAUCUAAAGCAUUUUACAAAAGAGCUCAAGGAUGCCUCAGAAAGAUGUCACAUGGAUGUUCCUCUGUGCAGUUUGGGUCCGGCAGUCAUUAUAUUUCAUGAGACACAGCAUACCCAUUUGCUUGGAAUGUCACAAAAUGAGACUAGUCUUUCAGGUAAAAAAAAGUUAAAUAUGUAGAACUUUAACAUCAUAUUUUCUUUCUUGAAAUUUAAUAAAUACAUGAUUAUAAAUAGGGGUGACAAAUAGAAAAUCAUAGGGUGUUGAAUUUUAUUUUGCAUUUGACCCUGAAAUUUUGGAACUAAGCAUUAACAACAAGUCUCCAUAGAGUCAGAGUCUUGAACAUUUUUUCCUGCAAAGGCUCCGAGUUUAAACAGAGGUCUCAUCUACUCAGACUUCUGGUGAAGUCUCAUGUUUUGUCAUAAGUUGGCAAUACUAGUUUUUGUACUAAAAUGCCACAUUUUUACUUGAAACUUAAUUUCAUCACCCGUUCCACUUCUUUGUUUUGAAUCAUCUUUUCCUUAUGGCUAACUCAUGGAGAAAUAAAUGAUUGAUUAAAAUACUAAUUUUUUUUUCAGAAACAAGAAGCGUUAAGAGCCCAGACGAGAUUUUAAAGGAAAGGUUUGCAGAUGUUGGUCGGGUUCCUUAUGCUUUCAGCUCCAUUAAGUAUUUAGGUACAAGAACCGUAUCACCUCCAACAGACUUCACACAGCUUAUUCAAGCUGUGAAGGGGAGUUUGGCCAACAGCUCUGUGCGCUCAUCCCGCUCACCUGCUGUCAUUUUCAAAGCCUUGAUGGUAAUUGUAUAAUAAUUAUAUGUAUAAUUCUUGUUUUGGUAAGGAAUAUGUAAAAUGUCAUGGCUAGGGCUUUCAAGCCAGACCUGUAAAUGUAACACCUGACACAACAGCCACUAACCUUGGCAAUCCACCAUUAUUAAUAAAGCAGAUUUUCCAUGUCUGUCCAACUCUACUUAGUGACCAACAUACACCUCCUAUUACCGACCAUUUAUCCAAAACACCAAAAUAAUAUUCUCCAUCGCCCUAUAUUUGAAACCUCCAGUAUUAACGACCACCUCUCACAAGUGACACUGCAACAACUUUAAGGAUGACAGUUUAAGAAUUUUUUGUUUUCAGCUUCUUCUAAGCAACCACCUGACAUGACAAUGCUCUGUUGUCUGUACUCGCUGUAUGUAGUACAGUGUACAUUGCUCAGAGUGUGAGAAGAACUUUGAGAAACAAAUCAUGAUUUACCUAUUUCAAUACAUUUUCUCCAAAAAAUAGAUGUGUCUUGAAAACUAAUUCUCGUUGUACAAGUCUCCUGCAGUUUGACUCUCACACCCCCACCAUCAGAAAGCAACCAUUUUGGAUGAUCAUUUAAGGAAGGUUUGACUGUAAUAAUUAGCAAGGCAUUGGCCGAUACUUUUGAGUUAUCUCUCAAUUUCUGUUUUCUUCUAAGCUCCUUAAUGAAAAGUUCAAUGGUAACAUUGAAAGAACAAUACCCAACAUGUUUCCUGAUGCAUACUUCACCUGCCAGGCUACGUGUCUGUCAUGCAAGUAAGUAGCUCACUAUUAUCCAGCAAAGAUAGCCUGCAUGUGUAAACCCUUUUUCUUUUGGUGCAAUAAAGGAUUUUGAUUUUCCAAGCACUGUUGUUUAGGAUUAAGGGUAGAAUGAGAGAGAACUUUCUAUCGAGAAAUUUGGUCUUUCUAUAAGAAACAAAGCAAUGCUUUAGAGAUUGGAGAAUUUCUUCAGGAGUCAAUAAACAAAGUUUGGCGUUUGAAGCUUAGCUGAAAGUUGUUUGGUUGUCUGCUGGCUGAAGAGUUUCAUUUAUAGCUUUUUUACAGUUGCUUGUGAUCGUCCUUUUUCGGACAAUAAUCGACUGGUUUGCUUCGAAGAUUUUUCUGAUCUUUGAAAUUGGCAAGAAUAAAGUAAUGUGUGCAUCCUUCCCUCGACAAAACUUCCACUCACCAUUGCGAUUUCCUUCGCUAUUCUUGAGCAUUCUAGAGUCAUUGUCAGUUUUUUUUUUUUGGUGGGCCAAGCUGGGCGAGCGUGUUGCAUUGUGAUUUGAAUUAACCCGCCCCCACUCAAAUGAUUGACGGAACAGAAAAACCCAAAAUUCCUUCAAAGUUUGCAAAUACAAAUACAACAAAUUUUGCAGUAAACAGAAACGACAAAAGAUUCUUUUUGCCUUGUGAAAAAAAUGCUGUUGACAACCUAUUUGUAAAGGAUAUUAGUUUCGUCGUUUCAACAAAUUUGAGAUUAAAAUCUUUUCAAUUGAUACCGAUAUCUGUUCGGUUGCCAUGGUUUCAGUGCACGAUGUCAAAAGAGUAUGAAUCACGAGCAAGAUGAAACAGUGGAGCAUGAGUGUGAGGGCAAGUGUCAUUAUCAAGCUCAAUACGACAACAGGAUCUUCACCUGUAGAGUAAGUUACACAAAUUGUUAAGUUGGUUGAUGUGCAGGUGUAACCAGCUGCAGAUUUCAGGCGAGCGAGGGCGAGCACGAGGUGGCAGUGGGCGAGCGUGGAGCACCAGACGCGUGUGACUUAAGGGGGACACUUCCGUCGCGCGUGUCUGGCACCCCUCGCCCGCUUCGCGUGGCGCUUGUCCUCGCUUUCCUGAAACAUAAGAUGAGAAGCAAAUUGGACGGGGUUUGUGGGUGGUUAAAAGUCUAGUAAAUUUAUCUGCAAAGAGAAAUGAGAUCGAUUUAAGAUCUCAAAUGUUCUUCCGUCUAUCCGUCCGUUUGUUCAUUUCUUUAUUUAGUCAUUUUCAUUCAUUCAUUUAUUUGUUCAUUUAGAUGUGUUAUGAAAGAGGAAAGCAAGUUGUCGUGAUUCCUAAAAUGUGUUCAUCCAAUGACUCCGGAUGGCUUGGUUUCGCUAAAUAUGCCUGGUCCGGGUAAGAUUGAACCUUUUCUUACCAUAAAUAAUCUCCACUGAACCUCACUUCUUGAUACUACUAACUUAGACUCCUCUUACUCAACCUAAUUUUUGACCGUUUACUACCCAACCUUAUUAUCAUUUUGCUAGAUCCGGAUGUCCCUCGUACACAAAAGUGCGUCAGUUUGUAGCGCGUAUAAAUUAAGUACCUGGCCCACUCAAAUUCAACUGAUGUUAUAGCAUAAAGCAUUUAUUUUUUGUAUAUGCUAUAUGGUACUCUUCAUGGUCAUUAUUCAAAGCGCUCUUGUUUAUUAAAGGUAAUAGCCGGAGACCUUCAGAUUCGAAGACGAAGACGAGUACAACAAGAAAAUUUGACUUACAGUUUUUUUCUUUUUUUUCGCAUUUUCUAAAAAAUGGAUACCCCGGCCUGCAGGUUCUUUUAACUUUUUUGUUGUUUUGUUGUUUUGCACCCUCUCCCGGUCGCAUAAUGUUUUAACUUCUAACAUUACGGAAUCAAUUUAUAGCUUGUUCCCGUCACCAUGACAUUCUCGUAAAACCCGUACUAGAAUGAAGGCGGCUAUCGCGUUUUCCCGCAAACUGGUUCACGCGCGCGCACUACUUAGUAUCGAGAAAAUUUCGUUCUCGACUAGUCGUCCUCGUCGUCCCUAAGGUCCCUAUUGUUACAGGAGACGAUUUGCGACGACAAUUCUUAGGGCAACGUCGUUGGAACAAUGUUGUGACGAAGUGAAACAUUGUCGCAACAAUGUUUGCAAAGCUGUGAUGAACUGAAAAUUGUCGUUGCAAAUCACCCCGUGUAACAUUUCCUUAACAGAGUCCGUUACAUUGUUUUGUAGGUACGUCCUCGAGUGUGGUGAAUGUGGUGUCAUAUAUCGCAGCAGACAGCACUGGUUUGGUAAUGAAGACCCAGUUAACACGGUUGUUAGGACCGAGCUCCGCCACGUGUGGCCUGGGGUGAGCUAUCGUUGAAUAAAAUGACUUCCGUAGUAACAAACAAGUAAAGCAAACUUUAGAAAAAAGAAACACGUAGUCGUCGAUCACGGUACGUCCUUUCAAACACAUAGUCGGGGAAAUGGACUGCAUUUAAACCUGGAAAACAGUUAUUGUUUGACAAUUUACAGCGUUUACUUGACGAGAGCAAACCUGCCGGCGCAUCAUUUUGCGUAAUGCAUAGGUCAAUUCCGGCUGCGCCCAGCAUUUUUUUUUUUGGCCUUGGAUGGCAAAUAACCGGGGGUGAGGACUCUUGAGCUUUACAAAAAAAGAGGGCGAAUGCCCCGUCCUCCGUCAACGCUGCAACAUUUUUCAUUGAUCGCACAGUCGAAUAGUGCCGUUUUAAGCAUUUUAAUGCAUUUUAAGCAUUUUUUUGUCUCAAUUAACGUCUUCCUUUGUAAUAGCGCUAGGAUUCUAAUUAAGACUUCACGCCGCCACGACAUGCACCAGUUUAUAAUUUUAGUAUUGAUGUAAAAUUAUUGACAUUAAAAUUAAUGGUUAUAUAUUAUGAAUAGUUGCAUGGGAAAUGUUUCUCUGUUUAUCGCAUCUUUCUGGCUUUUAAAGAGCAAGAAAAUAGAACAUAGACGUUAAACACGUCUCAAGAUACUUGUCAACAAAGUUAUCACUUGAAUACAGUGUCGAUCGAUGUGGUUUCCGUUGCCGAUCAAACGCUUAGAUUACCAUUAUCUUGCUGAUCUUGCUAUUAUUUUAGGAGAACAUUUCUCCGCUGGACAGUGGUAAUGCGGCGCGGCGCCUUUUGGAUAACGUCAGUUAUGUGACUGACGCGUUCAGCAGUCUCAGUACUCCAUCAAGUAGAGCGCUGACCAACUGGAUUACGGACCAAGUGGCACCAGAAUACUGGAUUCCCAACUCAGAAAUUACUGUAAGUAUCAGCUGAAGGACACAUUGUAGCGUGUUCUAUAAUGGCACGACUGUAAAUUGAUGCAGCAGAAGUUAAUUUAGCGCGACUGUCCGAAUUUGAAAUGGUAUUUGAGACUACAAUCGGCAUCAAAAUCUUUGAGACACUGUCCUCAAAUGGGGUAACUUCAGAGAACAAAAUAAUCCAUAUCCCUCCCCUUCCCCCUUCCCUCCAUUCAAAGUUGGGGUGUUUGGUGUUUUCUACAGGUGGCUCGAACAGCGGCACAACAUUGAAUGGAGGGGGUGGGGGAGGAAAAGCUUUAUUUUGUCCUUUUAAAGUCGGCAAAACGUCAGAGUGAUGGCCCUUUAGAGCAAAGUGUCUCAACUAAUUUUGUUGCCGAUGGCAGCUUACAUUGAGAGUGACAGAAUAUCUUGUUUCAGCGGAGUGAAAGGCAAGGAAAAAGUUUUAGUAGUCUGCUUUGUGGAACUUACUUGGUAUGAUGACAUCUUUGCGAACUUCUUCAAUCGAUUGCAGGAUUCCAUCGGCGUUAGUAAAAUACCGAAUUUUCUGUUAUUUUCAAAGUGGAGCACAAGGCCUACGGUGUCUAAAUAGAGCUUACUUCUGAUUCGGUCGAAAAAUCUUCGAUUGUAGAAUGUCGUUAAGAAAGUGGACAGUAAUAAGUAUUUGCAUUCGUGUUUGGAAAUGCAAUUAAAAGGGAAGUUUCUUGUUCAAGUUCUUCCCAGAAAUUCCUCUUGUCGAAACGGCAGACGAUAAAACAGUCACUGUGAUUAGUAUGUGUAAUCAAAUGGUGACUAGUGAAAAGGCUCGGGCUAAAGGCUCGGGAAAUUAUAAGGAUUUGGACAAAACGCGCUUGAAAUUAUUCCCUAAUUUCACGAGUAUACCAUUUGAUUACCUAUUAAUAUCAUAGGUGACGAAUUACGUUAGCAAUCUUGGAUUUUUGACAUGUUUAUCCUGGAUCGUAUCGAUCGAGAACUCUACUCUCUCGAACGUUUAGAGCUUAAAUUUGGCUUAUAAAGUUCAGAAUUUGUCAGACUUUUUCGGCAAAAUACCUGUUAGAGUCCUUCUUGAUGUUUUCUUGUGUGUCCAGGUUUUCUAAAGCGUCUUUUUGUGCCCUGACAUCUUCAUUCACGGCAUUUUAAAACUUCGUCGCCAUCUUGACACUGAAACGUACAGAAGGUUGCCAUGGCAAUUUUGUAAUUUCACUUGUGAAAUUACAAAUUAACGCUGAAAUUUCGCGCCAAAAUUAAGGAGUAAUUCGUCACCUAUGAUAUUAAACAGGAAAUUCGGACUACUACACUGGAUAAACAUGCAUGCAAUGGUAUCGCCUUAAUUGCCACGUCUCUAUGCAACUGUUAAUGUCUGAGAACCGUAAAACAAUAAUUUAUUGUUAUUUUAGACGCGGAGCAAGUAACAAACUAGAGGAACUUUUACACGACUGGGGACGCAAGCAUAGAGCGAAAACUUUUGAACGCCGCAAAGAGAAAUCUGUUUAACGGGCUAUGCGUUUGACUUGUACUCUCUCAGUUUCAGACUUCAUUUCUUGUUUGUUUGUUUUUUCGCCUAGGCAUGCCAAGAAUGUCAUCACGUGUUCGCUGACGGGGAGACCAAACACCACUGUCGCGCUUGUGGUGGUGGAGUCUGUGGUGAAUGCUCAACCAAUAAGAAACCUGUCCCAGAGCGAGGCUGGGGUCAGGCGCCUGUGCGGGUGUGUGAUCGCUGCUUUGGAAAAUCGCCGUCGACAAUUGAGAUGCAGCCCCAACCGUCGUGUAACUUGAGGUAAUAUUUGAGAUACAUCCUUCUUUCAAAGGAGUUUCAGUUGUUUGAAGCUCAACAACAACAACAACAAUCUUUAUUGUGCUCUUGAUACAAAAAGUGUUAAGACAUUAAAAGGAAAUAAUUGUGAAAAAAACGCUGAGUGGCUGGGCCAUGGGGAAAAGUAACUAGGUAUCAAAGGUGUUAUAAAUAAACAAAUUCACACAAAGACACACAAAGAAGAAAUAUAUAAGCUGUAAUAAAUAAGCAAAUACACAAACAAAUAAACAAAGAAGCAAGACGAAAAUAACGGAAAAAAAUGCAAAAACAUGACGAAAAGAGGCAAAAAUUAAGAGAUUUCGACGCUAAAUCAAAAACGCGUCCAUCUUGCUCGCUGACCGUUGACUCAGGUUUGCGACUCUGGAGUACUAAAGAUGUACAUGGGAAAACCGCAACUUCCGGUUGGAUAAACAAAUGGUUCGUGAAAUUCCGUUUGGGAAGCUUCAAAAAAACAUGGUGUUAAGUUUGAGGCAAUACAAUUUUUUUUAGCCUGUUCAGUUGAUAGCGGAUCGUUCUCCCACGAAGCUUAUUUUAUUUGCGCACGAGAUUUCCACCCAGGUGGUCUUACCACUUAAAAGUGGUAAGCACCUUAGGGAACUGUUUUACCAAGGGAAAAAAUGAAUGUUGUUGUUGCCUGAGAAGGGUGUUACUGCCCGCAAUACACUACAAAACAGGUUCGGUAUCGUGUUCCCACUGGCAACAAAUAUAUAUAUAUUACGACGAUGGUGAACAAUAUUUCUAUAAGAAAAGAGUGUCGUCAGUAUCAAACGUUAUAUCUUGCGAAAGAUGAGAAGAGAUUUUUGAAAACUCGUAUUUUUUUCUCUUGAUUCAGUGAUUUGUCAGACGCGCUAGACGAGGAAACGCAUCAGGAAUUAGUUUACCCACAAGGAGAUCAGACAUUAUAUUCCGACCAGCCGUUCGGUCCCGUAGCUGCUCGUAAAGUGACUGAGGUCGUCCAGUCAGCAGUGGGGAUUUUAAAAACUGCAAUUGAUUAUCCCAGGGAAUUGAUCACCGACGCAGCUAGACCCGGCUACUGGGUACCAGACUCCGAAAUUUUAGCCUGUAGUUGUUGCAACGCCGAGUUUAAGGAGACUGAUGCGAAACAUCAUUGCCGUGCCUGUGGUAUGGGCGUCUGCAGUAAGUGCUCAGAGAGUAGAAGACCUGUGCCUUCAAAAGGAUGGGAUCACCCUGUCAGAGUCUGUGAUCAGUGUGCUUCGAAAAAAGGACAACUUUAGAUGAACCGUGAUUUUUUUCAGGAUGACGAUAAGUUGUCCGAUCUAAACAGUUGUUUCCAACCGAGCGUGGAAAGAAACUUCAAGAUCGCUUUGCUUUUGAAUUGGUGCUUUUUGUUGAAAGAAAAAACUCAACAUCUUUCUCAGCCUAUCAGAAGGAAAGUCAAACACAAGUAUUACU